AUGACCCGCCGGCAUCAAGAGGGUCAAAGUGGCAGACAGGUGCUCGCCUCACCACAAGCCAAGCUUCCAGGAGACAAGCUGCCCACGGCCUCCGUGCCCACCGCCUGCAUCCCGGCGUUCAGCGCUGUGGUCCUUGCUGCCCGAGACCCGAUAGGACCCUGCCAGGGGCAAAUGACUCCGGAGCCCGGUCCAGGACAGCUGAGGCCCUCCACAAAGGUGCCAGGCCUCUCGGGACACAGUCCAGGCAAGGACACCACCGCGGCCCCGGCCCUGCCACAGCCCUCGGCCAGCUCCAGGGCCCCCGCGGAGACCGGCGAUUCUCAGAUGACUAACCAGUGCCUUGGGGGGCGCGGCCAGCUCUCCCGGGAACACGCCGAGCCGAAGAUCCAGGGCGCGGCCCCCGGCCUCGGCCAGAGGAUCCCGGGCUGUCGGGGCAGGACCAGCCUGCACAGGGGCCCUGGGGGCCACUCUCUCGUGAACCACGACGACGCAGGUCCACGGUCACCCUCAGAAGCCUGCCAUCACAGCACUGGACCGCCCCUCCUGGGGACACUCAGCCCUGCCCAGCGGCUGCAGCCCAUUCCCGCGCCGUCCACACUCGGGCCAGCGUCCCUGCCUGGACCCGAACAUCCGCUGGCCCCCCUCCACCCCUGCCCCGCCCCCACACAGCCCCAGUCUCCCCCUGGAGACCUCUCCUGCCCACGACCUGCCCGUGGCCACCUCCAGCAGGGCUGCCUGCAACCCAGCAGGGACACGUCUGACUGUUCUCUGCCGGGUCCCCAGCCCCACGGGGCCCCACAGGCCAGCAUGUGGGAGCUGGCCGGCGGGGUGUUGCUGAACCGCUCGCCGCUGACCACCUGCUCGCUGAGCCCAGAAAGGGCUGGGGUCUCAGCUGGAGCCAGGGACAGGGACAGAGCGGCCACAAGUCCGGCGGUCAGGCAGGUGGAAACUCCCCCUGCAUCCGGGGAGGAGGGCUGCCGGGGGAGGCAGCAGUUCCUGGGUGCCGGGGAGCAGGCCUUGUUUCCUGAAGCUGGCUCCACCCUCCACUCAGGCGCCGGCGCCCCGUCCACUGUGAACCGCGGUGCGCGGCCUCUGGUCAGUUUCGGAACGGAGGAAAUGGUCUGCAGGGCUCCUCGGAAACCCAGCCUGCUCCCAGCCAGGGCAGGCAUGCCUGGGCGAGGCUUCCCUCCCGAGGCGACCGUGACCUUGGAAGCUGCAGGGUCCACAAUGCCUCUGGGCGGCCCUGCUCACUGCCCCGUCCCCUCCCCACCCACCCCGACCCCCGGCGGCCACAGGAGCCUCCAGACCCACCUGAUGGACGUGGCAGCCAAGGUCACAGGAGCCAAGGUCACACAAGCCACCCCCGGGGGCUCUCCAGCUCAGCCCCGUGCCUGGCGUGCGGAGGGCCCCCGACUCUGCAAAACGGCUUUCAUAACAGAGCGGUCAGCUGUUCAGAGCUGCACAGAGGAGACAAAAGGGCCGCCCGAGGGGUCCAAGCCUGGGGCCGCCAAGACCACUGACACCCCCACAGGCUCCAGGAGCCGUGCCCGCCUGUGGCGGCGGCCCGUGAAUUAUUCAGGUGGUCCCUGCAGAUCCCCUGGGGGUCCUGUCAGUCCAGCGUCCUCAGACGACGUCGUGGGAACAGCAGGUUUCCAUCCGCUCCUGUUCCCUGAGGAGCCCAACUGCCGCGCCCCAGAAAUAGAGAUUUCCCCAGAGCACGGCCCACUCGGGGCCCUGACCCCUGCAGCCUCAGAGGAGGAGCCUGCGGCCCAGGCUGACCUUCUAAAGCGAGUCAGCAGGGUGGACAUCGACCCCCCCCCCCCCACCACCACCAAGCGUCCAGGUCGCUCCUGGCAACAGCCCCAACAUCCAGCGCCAGGGCGGAUGGCCACGCCCGUCCUGCCACCACCCUGCCAGUCCUCUCAGGCCCGGGAGGAGGGGCCGUGA